AUGGUAUUAACACAGCAGCCAAGAUUCAUUUCUCCGUCUUCCAACAAUGCCGAAGAUGCGUUCCCCACUGCACAGCUUUUCCUACUGGCAAUAUGUCGAGUGGCCGAGCCUAUUGCCUUGACCUCUAUCUUCCCCUACUCAUGGGUGAUGGUCAAGGACUUCCACAUGGCUAGUGGCAACGACGCAUCUUUCUAUGCUGGUAUCCUGAUCUCAGCCUUUUCGCUCGCCGAAGCCCUGACGGGCAUGUUCUGGGGUAGUCUCGCGGACCGUGUUGGUCGCAAGCCAAUCCUUCUUUCUGGCUGCUUCGGCACUUUACUCUCUCUCCUUCUUGUGGGAUUGGCCCCGAACUUCUGGGUCGCCCUGGUGGGCCGCGCUCUGGGCGGUGCCUUGAAUGGCAACAUCGGAGUAAUCCAGACCAUGGUCGGUGAGCUUGUUAAACGACCAGAGCACGAGCCCCGGGCAUAUGCGGUCAUGCCCUUUGUGUGGUCAAUUGGAACCAUCAUCGGCCCAGCCAUUGGAGGGCUACUGGCGAGACCAUCAGAAGGCUUUCCCUCUCUAUUCCCCUCGGAAGGUCUCUUUGGACGUUUCCCUUACCUGUUGCCGAACCUUGUCUGUGCAUUCCUUUUGCUCCUAAGCAUUAUCGGGAGCUGGCUGUUUCUGCGUGAGACUCACCCGGAGAUGCAACCUGGUAGUCAUCACCAAUUCUUCGAGCACACAACAGUUGAGCAGCCUUUACUCGCGACAUCAGGGGCAACGGCCAAUGCUGGUGUUGACCUUCGCGCUGAGUCAUACGGAACCUUUAACGAGGUUCACCUGCAUGAAGAUGAGAUUUGGAAUGUCCUUACGGAUGAAACCUCUCCCACGUGGAAGAAGCCGCCGAGCCCCAAGGCCUUCAAUUGGCGGGUGAGUAUGCUUGUGGUUGCACUGGCCAUAUUCACGUACCACUCGAUGACUUAUGACCAUCUUCUCCCCAUCUUCUUACAAGACAAACCCAGUCAGGGCGUACCAAGUGACCAUCAUUCCCCUUUCUAUAUACCAGGCGGUGUCGGUCUCUCGACUCAGUCUGUGGGCAUGAUCAUGUCAACCGACGGCAUUAUCGCCCUGGUCAUCCAAAGUCUGAUCUUCCCAGCUUUGGCUCAGUGGCUCGGAGUCUGGCGACUUUUCGUUCUGGUGACAGUGCUCCAUCCUAUCGCUUACUUCAUGGUCCCGUUCCUCGUAUACCUGCCGCAAAACUUCGUCUUCUUCGGCAUUUAUGCGUGCUUAAUUGUCCGCAAUGUCCUUUCCAUCAUCGCCUAUCCUGUGCUUUUAAUUCUCAUUAAGCAAGCCAGUCCGUCGAACUCGGUCAUGGGUAAGAUCAAUGGUCUGGCCGCCUCUGCGGGAGCUGCGUCACGCACUAUUGCACCACCUGUGGCAGGGUUUCUGUAUAGCACUGGUGCUAGAAUUGGCUGCACUGCGAUCGCAUGGUGGAGCAGUGCGCUUGUUGCCCUACUGGGUGCUGCGCAGCUCUGGUUGGUCCAGCGUAAGAAGCAUACCUCAGCGACUGUGAGCGCUGCGGUUUCCUGCUGUUAUGCUCCUGUUACGGACCCCCGGCCGUCGAAAGAAAUAAUUCGCAUUAUUGUUACCGAUGCCGAUUCUGAUGAGACCCCAACCGCAGCGGUUUCGCGGUAA